AUGUCAAGCCAUCGGGAAUUGUUGAAUCAAAUGAACAAUUGCAUAAAUGCUGGUGAAAUCAUUGAACUUAAUGGUCUUCUACGGAAAGCUCAUCUUCAGCUAGCCAAUGCUACGAAUUUAGAAGGAGCAGAGACACCUGAGUUUUUGACUAAAAUGAAAUCCUUACUGAGUCAAGAAAUAGAGUCUGAGUUAGAUUAUGACAGUGCAAUCGAAAUAUUCGCGCAAGCUCUGGAAUUGGUCUCAUUUGACCUAAUUUUGGAACUCUUCAGCGUCCAAGAUUUAGUGCUCGCCCUCCAGAGUAACGUGACGGGUCUCGUCAGAAUUGCUUGUAAGGCGCUACAAAGGUCAGACCCCAAGGGACUUUUUGCCAGCUCUGGGCUUAUAGAUGUCUUACUCUUGCAGUUAUUUGAACCAGGCACAGACUUAGGCAUUGUAACGGAGAUUGAAAGUGUCUUUGAAAGUUUGGUUAGUGACACUUUAAUAAGAAGACGCAUCUUGAGCGAUAAUGUCAGUCUUUUGCUAAGAAUAAAGUUGCAGGGUGAUCCGAUUCUUCUAAGCAGACUUUUGGAUCUUUUGCAGGUUCUCGUUCUAUUCGCAGACUGCAGUGAGCUUAAUGAGAAACUCUUCAUCUUCUGCGAGGAAGACAUUCGCAAGAGCUUGGACUCGGAUAUUUUUGCAUUCAUUGCCAUAACAAACUACUACAGCGCGCUGUUAGCUUCGAUCCGAUCUGAAAAAUGCUCUAAACACGGUGGUGCCUGGAUUCGCACACAUACAAUGGACGUGGUGCUACCAACAUAUGGGAGCCUUUUCGCUAAUGCAGAAAAUGAUUCAGUUGCUAAACUCUAUGGGAGACAAAGCAUUUACAGUUUAUUCAAGGAAAUAUCAUUCUUGGAUGACUUUGGAUACUUCGAGCGCCUCGAAAGUGAGUAUCUACAUCUAAGCCCGUCAAACGCUGACUACGAGGAAUUUUUGAAGUUUGUUAAUCCAGAAUAUUUAAUUCACUACCAAAGGGAAUCUCUACUGCACCAUAUACAAGUCACGCCAUCUCAUUUGGCGGCAAUAAGGAACCUCAUAUCCAGCCUAUCGUCUUUCGAACUGCUGAAACCAAAACUUACAGCCGAUCGCAUUUUGGAUAUGCCUUACUAUGAACAAAUGGUCUUACUACAGAAGCUGACGGAAUUUGGGUACUCUGCGGAAUACCUGUUGCUCAGCCUUUCGAAAGUCAUGUCUCAUUUACUCGAUGACAGUUCUGAUCCCGUAACUGAGCCCCAAUCGUUUGAACUAAGACGCACCGUUUUAGAGAAUUUGCUGUCUUUGGGAGAUGACGCCUUAAACGUUUGGGCAUUGCCUAUAAAAAAGGCAUACAGAUCCAUUAUGACUGGUGUAGUUGAUAACGGAGACUCUGCCCAAAUCGCCGACACGUAUCUAUGA